UUCUCCAUUUAUUUUUUUACUAAUAACAGUGAUCCUUAGUCCAGGUUAAAGCCUCUUUAAGUAAUUGAUAGCUCCUCGCAGGUGGGCGGAGAUCGCAUUUUUAAGCGACCCUUUUUCUUGUCUCUUUUAGACCUCUUGAGAAAUAUGAAAUUUGAUUUUUGAAGAAUUUUUUUAUAUGAAGUAAGAAUUUGUUACAGGAACUUAGAUAAAUUGGUCGAAUUAAAACCUCAAAAGAUCUCGAAUCUUUUUAGAAAAUGAAAACAAAACACCCCGGUCGCGUUUCUUUUAUUGUCGAUUCGCCACAAUUUUUGGCACUUAGCAUGAGGUCUUUGAAAUUUAACAUCGAGAUCUUCGAGGGUGGUUCACCACAAGCGGUCAAAAAAACUAAUUCAUAAUCACUCAGGAAGUCAAUAAUAACACUCCAAUAAUCAAAAUCAAUUAUAUUCUUUAGAUUGGUGCUAUAUGAUGCUUUAUGAUAUUUAAUUGAUUUUUUUGGUAGCAGAAACGGUAGCAGCUUCGAACAUCGCGUGUGGUCUAUUUUUGUCCUAUUUAAUUCCGAUUUCAAAGAAAUGGUGUAGAAGUUUGAUAGAAAUUAAUUUUUUCAAAAAUCAUUUUUGAAUACGAUGAUUGAUUCACGCCGUUUAACUUUUUAACCCUAAAAGGGUAAAACUCAUUUGUUUUAGUCGACGUUUAAAAUUAACCACUAAACUCGCCCAUCCGGGGGUUCAUUAGUCCAUAGCUACCGAUGUUGUUCCAAGCACCCUUAAUCAAUCAAAAACAAGAAAUCUCUUCGAUGACCAAAAAAAAAAAACUCAAAUCCAACCCCUUUUUAUACAUUAUUCAUGUAAAAAGCAAGGUUAGACAACUUCAUUUUCAAUUAUUUUUUGCGAAGUUGUGUUAUUAUCUUAAUGUAUUUUAAAGUCUUGUUUUCUGAUAAUGAGUUUAAGAAUAUUGAUUAUUUUUGACUUAUUUCAAAAAAAUGACAAUGACGCAUUUUGUAUCAAACUUUUAUCUUAAUAAUUUUUGUUCAAUCAAAAUUUAAAAAUAUAAUGACAUAAUUUAUUUUUUAAAAUGAACUCUGUUCAAGUUGUUCCACGCGAUAUCAAUAACAUAGAAAAAGCAAUCCAUAAAACUGGAUUUGGUCUUUAUUCAAAAUUCGCAAUAAUUUUAACUGGAUUAUGUAGUUUUUCAGAAUCUUUAAUCUUAACCACGUUUUUUCUUUCGAUACCAUUAAUGGCUUGCGAUUUACCUCUCUCUGAAAAUAUGAUGAUUUCAAUUGGGGUUGUUUACUCGAUCGGAGAAUCAGUUGGGAGUUUUGUUUUUUUAUCAGUAAGUGAUAUCUUCGGGAAGAAACCUUUAAUUCCAGUUCUUUGCGCUUUAAUUUUUGCUAGUACAUUAGCAAGUAGUUUUGUUCAUAGUUAUUUAUUCCUAAGUUUUUUUACGUUAUUUUUGGGAUCAUCUCUAUCAACGAAUACAAUCGUAAUGAGAGUAAAUCUUGCUGAAUCAUUAUCAAAAAGGCGAAGAGGAGUUGUUUUAACGUUAUUAGAUUUGUGGUGGUCAUGUGGUUAUAUAGUCUCAGUUGUUGGUGUUUGGUCUUUUACGCCGCUAGCAAUAAAAUUUUAUUCAAAAGACGCAAGAUUUUUUACUUGGAGAAUAAUGAUAGCAAUUUCGAGUGUUUUAAGUAUCAUCAUAGGAUGCAUUUCGGGUUUGUUGAAACCAAGCGUUCGAUAUUUAUUGUAUUGUAAAAAGAACAGGGACGCUUUAAGUGUUUUAAAAGAGAUAUACGCAAUUAAUACUUCGAAAAAUUCCGAGGAUUUCGAUAUAAAUGAAAUUAACCUUAAUCAACAAAUUACCGAUUAUGGAAUUUAUAGGAAUAUGCCUAUGAGGAUUUAUAUGGAACAUGCUUGUGCUUUAAUGAAAACUGUUUAUAGAGGUUUAGAAAUUUUAGUUGGAAAACAAUUUAUUUUUCGACUUUUAACUCUUUCUUAUAUGAAAACGGUUACUUUUGGAGGCAUCUUCAUCACGCACUUGUGGAUAUACAAGGUGAUCUCGCAAACCGAUGGUUGUCAAUUGACUAAAACCGAUAUGAUUUCUUUGGAAAACUUUACUGCAACGGGAGAUUGUAAUGUUAAUUUGAAAAGUGCUGUCUUCAGAGAUUUUCUUUUAUUGAUUCCGAAUAUUAUUUUGGGACAAAUAUUUGCCAUAUUUUUAAUUGACAGGAUUAAAAGAAAAUAUUUAAUUGCUGUUUCUUAUAUAAUAUCUGGAUCAUGUAAUCUUGCAAUUGGAUUUACAAAUAAUCAUUUAUUUAUUAAAAUUGGUUUGGGUUCAAUUUAUUUAAUUUCAUCAAGUUUUGGCGACUCAAUAAUAAAUGUAGCUAUUAUUGAAAUGUUUCCGACGGCUUUAAGAGGAACUGCAAUGGGCGAAAUACAAUUUAUAACAAAAAUCGUAUUGGCUUUUAUAAAGCGAUAUUUGGACCUACCUUGUAACACAUUUAUGAUUAUGGCCGGUGUUUUUAUGGAAGUUGCAGCAGUAUUAGCGUUUUUCCUGCCGGAGUUCAAAGGGAAACCGAUGAUGGAAUGACAUCUGAAAUGCAUCUUAAUCGACGAGGGAAAAACGCGAAAAUAUCCAAUCCAGAAAGACGAAAAUAAUUUUCAUCAUGUUUUUCAGUCGAC